CACACGCUCUCUAAUCAUUUAUUACUCCCUCUCUCUCCAUAUAUCUAUAUGUGUGCGUAUCUAUAGAUAGAUUAUAUAUAGAUUAGUAUGUAACUAUGAUAUCCGAAGAGGGGCAAGACAACCUCCUCACAAUCCAAUUAUAGAAUAUAACUGAUUAUGCCAAACGCAGAGUUGGAGGAUAUUAGGGAUUCCAACUAAAUCAAAGCCAUCUUCUUUUUCUGCUACUCACAAUCCAUUUCCUUUCCCUUCCUUUCUCCUUUUCCCUUUCCCCUUUCCCCUUUCCCUGCUGCGACAAUAUUUGCUUUGCCAAUUCGGAGGAAAAUGGCAUCUACGCCUUCUCGUACGGGGAGGCAAUUCCAACGCUACGAUCAAGGCUGUCGUCAGGUUGUAGGAUGCAUUCCGUACAGAUAUAAGAAAACCAAUCAGUUUUCUUCUAUUGGUGGGACCCACGUAGAAGAACUAGAAUUUCUUCUCAUCUCUUCGCAGAAGAGUGAAAGGAUGAUGUUCCCCAAGGGUGGUUGGGAAAUUGAUGAGUCUAUGGAACAGGCAGCUUCACGAGAAACCCUAGAAGAAGCCGGUGCAGUCGGCAUUGUCGAACAUAAGUUAGGCAACUGGAGUUUCAAGAGCAAAAGUCAAGGCACAUUUCAUGACGGGCACAUGUUCCCUUUGCGUGUUACGGAGUUGUUAGAUUCUUGGCCUGAGGAAAAUGUCCGUCGACGAGCAUGGAUGACGGCGAAGGAAGCUAGAGAAGCAUGUGACCAUUUGUGGAUGAAGGAAGCUCUAGAUAGGUUAGUUUGCCGGCUCAAGCAUCCGCAACCAAAGGAGGAAGAAAAUCAAAGACCUUGUGGGUUAGAAUUUUUAACAGAAGAGCCGAGAAUGAGCAUUGUAUCCCAAAAUGGAGAAGAAGAAGUUGAUCGUUGCCUCGUUAGCUGAGGGAGAAUCAUUCAGGUGCUCUUCCACCUUUCAUUAGAUCUGCAACCACAAAAAAAAGUGUUGCUUUGAGAACGCAAAUAUUGUUGUUCUUAAAUUAGAGGCAGAACUUAGAGGAUGUACAAUUUGUACAUUGAUUCUUUUAUUCUUUCAGAUCUCCGAAAGAUGGAGAACUCGGAGUUUGUUCUUUGAGAAUUAGAAACAGAACUUAGUCAGAUGUUGCAUUUGUUACUCGAUUCUUUUAUUUAUAUAAAUAUAAUUAUUUGUCUCUUCAUGAUUUUUGUUUUCGGGUUGCAUAAUGCGCCCCAAGUUGGAACAAUGUAAGGCUGAUGUUGGUCCUGAUCAAAUGAGAACAAAAUUGUGGCUCAAACUUGCUUUCUAUGAUGUACUAAGAUUAUUUCAUUAUCUGAAUUGAUAAAUUUUUCCAGUUGAUUGA